GCGCAAUUUUUUUUUGUAAUUUAAAAAAAAUCCAACGUUCCAUAGCGUGGCUCCAAAAGUAGAUUUAUGUCCAAAAAAUAAUUAAAAUAUUACACAAAAUCCUUAAAAAAAAUACAAAUUUGACUAAAAUCAAAUAAUUAUCACAAUGGACGACUUCCAAAAGAUUGAAAAAAUUGGCGAAGGUACCUACGGCGUUGUCUACAAGGGUCGCAACAAAGUGACUGGUCAAAUUGUCGCCAUGAAAAAGAUACGCCUCGAAUCCGAAGACGAGGGAAUUCCAUCGACAGCUAUAAGAGAAAUUUCCCUCCUCAAAGAAUUAAAACAUCCAAAUAUUGUUUGUUUGGAGGAUGUUUUGAUGGAAGAAAAUCGUUUGUAUUUAAUUUUUGAAUUUCUUUCAAUGGAUUUGAAAAAAUACAUGGAUUCAUUGCCAAUGGACAAAAUGAUGGAUCCCGAAUUGGUUAGAUCGUAUUUGUAUCAAAUCACAAAUGCUAUAUUGUUUUGUCAUCGUCGUCGUGUAUUGCAUCGCGAUUUGAAGCCACAGAAUUUGCUAAUUAACAAUAAUGGGGUCAUUAAAGUGGCUGAUUUUGGCCUGGGGCGAUCAUUUGGUAUUCCCGUGCGUAUUUACACUCAUGAAAUUGUUACACUUUGGUACAGAGCUCCAGAAGUUCUAUUAGGCUCGCCAAGAUACUCGUGUCCCGUUGAUAUUUGGUCAAUUGGAUGCAUAUUCGCCGAAAUGUCCACAAGGAAGCCUCUAUUCCAAGGUGAUUCCGAAAUUGAUCAGUUAUUUAGGAUGUUCCGUAUCCUCCGUACGCCUACCGAAGACAUUUGGCCGGGAGUUACUUCCCUGCCAGAUUAUAAAACCACAUUCCCAUAUUGGUCGACUAAUCAGCUUGCCAAUCAAGUGAAAAAACUGAAUUCAGUUGGUUUGGAUUUGAUUAAAAAGAUGCUUGUCUAUGAUCCGGUGCAUCGUAUUUCAGCUAAAGCAGUUUUGGAGCAUCCCUAUUUUGAUGGUUUUGAUAAAAAAUUAGUACCCACUGAAUAAUAAAAUACAAAAUAUUAUUUUAGUUUAUAAAAAAGAUAUGUAUUUCUACUUAGUCCCAACAUUAUUUUACUCAAUUUUAGCUUUAAAAAGAUAAAUUUAAAAAUUAAAUAACAGUAAUAUUGGCCUAAUUUAAUAAAUAAAAAAAAAAAAAUACAAAACUGUACAAAAUAAUUUAAACAAAAAAAUGAAUAUAAUAUGAAUUUGUAUUUUUGUCACCUCUGUAAAAAUGAUAACAAGGGACCAAUGGCUGACGUUAAACAGAGAGAGCGAAAGGCUUCCUUUUUUUUAGAAAUAUUAAAUCGUAAUAGUUUU